ACUGUAUGGUGAGCUGUCUCUUUCAGGGACUGCUGAUCAGUGGCUUUUGUCUAAAAGCGUUUUGUAUGCUUGGUAGAAACAGACGAAAAAAUGGAUGAAAAGGUGGAAGCAGCGGCAUCUGAGGAGAAAAUUGACUGGGGUGGAAGUGAAGCUGAGAACGGAUUGAUUAAGCAAGUCAAGACAUUAUCGAAAAGUGUGCACACUGGUCUUCCUAAUCCACGUACAGAUGAUGCGAAAUGCACUACGAUAAAAGGAGAUUAUCUCUACUUCCAUUAUGGCUGUGAUGGACAAGAUGACAGAGGCUGGGGAUGCGGUUACCGUACCAUUCAAACCAUGGCUUCAUGGCUUUGCCAUAACGUGCCUCAGCAUAAAAACAACAACAAACCUGUACCCUGUCUUCUAGAUAUUCAACAAGCCUUGGUUGCAAUGGGGGACAAGCCAAAAACCUUCUUGGGCUCUAGGGACUGGAUAGGAACAUUUGAAGCUUCCUUGGUGCUGGACUAUUUCUACGAUGUUCCCUGUAAAUUAGUGCACGUCAGAGGUGGAGGAACUGAGUUAGAAAAUGUUGCCGUGGAAGAGCUCCAUCAGCACUUUGAGAAGCAUGGAUCUCCUGUCAUGAUGGGAGGAGACAGGGACAAUUCCUCUAAGGGGGUAUUAGGAGUGUACACUGGCAACAAGGGGAGCUACUUAUUAGUUGCUGACCCUCACUACUACGGAUGUCAGCUGGAGAAGACAGAGCUGCAGAGGCGAGGAUGGGUGGCCUGGAAACGAGUGUCAUCUCUGGAUCAGUCCUCAUUUUAUAACCUUUGCAUGCCUCAGACUGCCAGAAAGUGACCAUGACAGAGCCAUAAAUGUUUCAAAUAUCUUAUGGGACAUGUGUGGAUUGUGGGUUCAUCAUAUUCUCCAUUAGCAUCCUGCUGAAUCACAGACCUACCUGUUGUCAAUGUCAGUGAAAUCAGGACUGUUGCUGUAAUGUGAAUAUACAAAUUCAUAAAAUAAUUGUUAUUGAUAUUUAUAUAUUUGGAUUUUAAUUGGAUAUAAUUAAUUUAUUGUUAUCAAUGAUAGCACUCUAUGUUCUAAAUUAAGUGAAUAUGACGUAAAUUAGUUCACAUCAGGCAUCACAAGUGUAGAACAGAAUUAAAAUACCUUUAUAUAUUUAUCUAAAACCUGAUUUAAUUAGUACUCUGCCACUUAAUUUAUUGUUUUUCAAUGAAAAGAAGGAAGUUUUUCUUUGGCUUAAUGUUUUCAAAUGGGAAAACUGUCUUUUCUGUUUGGAUUUGCUUUUAAAAAGUUAAUUUUGG